CUUUUUCUUUUACUUUUUUAUCAUUCAAUCAAGAACAUAAAAUCAUGCACAGUUCUACACUUCAAACUCCUCACAGUCAGCGGCGUGUCAGUUUCGAUCUUGAUCAUAACACGGUUCACGUCCUUCCCACUUUGGAGGAAUGCCGUUUGGAAGCGAGUCGACGUGGACGAGAACAAUGGGAACGCAAAACCCUCCUUCAAGACAUGUUGGAUGAAAGCAUCAUUCUAGAGAUUCAGCAGGACUGUUGUUCUUGUUCUAGAAACACCGAUGACAAUGACAACGGUAGUCAACCGGUCACGCCGUGUCCCUUGAAGAGCUGUUUGAAGAAACCAGUAUCUUCACCCACCGUGAGCGCGCCAAAGAAAACCAUGAAAAAGACUACUCACAAGAAACGCAAAAGAUCCCACGGCAAGGGCUGUGCCGUUGAAGCGCGGAUGCAACCAUUUUUGGAUCCUAACCUGCCCAUUCAUUGAAUCCAUCUGAACCGAAAUCGCGUAUUUCAUCAACAUCUUUUCCGCCAAAUCGGCCUAUCCAUUAUUGGGUCGCAUGGUCGUCCCGUCAUCCUUGAUGAUGGUACUCGGUUCUCCAGAAAGAAGAAGAAACGAAAAAAGAAAAAAGACACGGAUUCCUACCGCUGCCGGCCAAAAGUGUGUCAUGGACUCACGCACUUGUUCUUUAAAAAAAUUCAUGCCAAUUUUGUUGUUCCAUUCCGUCUUCAGACCGGUCUGCUUGAAGCCUCACUGGUUUCCAUGAACUGUGAUAGCCAGUGAAGACUUUUCAUAUAUCACCACUCAUUUUUUUUAUUUUAUUUUGUUUGGUCAGAGUGACUUGCGUUGUCUCAAUCUCUACCUUAUCGCUGGUUUUUUCUUUUGUUUUGGCAAAUAAAGAGAAAAAAAUCAGAAUACCGUUUUAAU